GCUUUUUUUUAUACGGUGCUUGUAGUUUUUUGAGGGGAUGCUGACAUAUAUAAACCUGUACCUUAUAGUCUUCCGAUCAAAAAUAGUAGUCUACACAAAUAUACGCAGAUAGAAUCUUCAUUUUUUUCAAAAACAUGUGAACGCUUCCGUUGUUGCUUAUCUCUCCCGGUUCUAAUCCCAUGGCGCUAAUCCAUCAGCAAGACAGAGCGAUGAUCAUGUAAAAUUGCGUCUUGCAAAGAUUCCUGUUCUGAAUCCCGCCAUGAACUCCUACUUUACCUGCGGCGCCCGGCGUGGACAGUUCAACCUUGGCAACACCGUUUUGGUGAAUUUAACCAGCCUGGACGAAUUCCUACUGGGAUAUCUCCAGGACAUCAAUGGCGACCAGGUCUUCAUUGAUUUCGACUGCGAGCGCAUCGCCCCGCGCUGGGUUCCUCUGCAGCACGUCUGGCAUUAUGAGAAACCCAGAAUAACAUUCGAUCUUCCCUGUAAUGUUUACGCAGCCGUCCGUCGGGAAGUGGGAGGACCGUACGUCGUCCAAACGGCCAAACUUCUGUGCAACUGGAGCUACGACAACCAGUUUCUCUGCUGCGUUGCCGAGCAUGUGUCGUGCAGUACCGAGAAGUACCAAGCGCAUAUCGUGCACCACUGGCAGCUUAUUGAACGGCUGCCCCGUAAUCGCCACAUUGACGGAAUUUGCCGGAUUCCCAUUAAAAAGGUGGUGUAUCGUUCCGCCAAGCUGCGUUUAUUAAAUGAUGUGCAAGAGUUUCAUAUUGAGCGCCUACUGGAUGUGGGAUUUCGCCAGGGGCAUCGCCAGAUAGUAAUGGAUCGCGAUAGUGCAUUCGCUAGGAUCCGGGAAGAGGAAAUUGUUUUUGUGAUUAUGCGCAUCCAAUGCUGCUAUCCACGCGUCAUGUGUCCGUUGAGUCGCAAAUGCGGGCACAACACCUGCUGGUUGACAGACACCGAGAAGAAAGUUGCCGCCGGAAUCGAAAACUAUCUUUUCCAGACCACUGGUCUGACUGAACAUUUGGGUAACGUCGGCUACCGGCCGCAACCAGACAUUGCCGUCUUGUCUUCGCUUGCUCUCAAAGAACAAAAUAAAUUCGGGCUUUCCAAUCUACCGCCGGAAAUCAUGUCCACAGUCACGUACUACUUGGAUACUGUUUCGCAAGGAAAAUUAAAGCGGGUAUGUGAGCUAUGGAACACUUUACUUUCCGACCCGACAUCUUCGGAUUACAUUACCAUUGAUUUCUGCGCACUAAGUCCGCUGCUACAACGGCGCGCGGAGACGGAAGGCUACCGUCUUGGGCGGUUACUCCAUCGGAUCAUUAGCACCCGUACAAAAACGCUGGCUUUGGUUAACAUGAAUUAUCGGGCGGAUACCGUUGAUCCCGUUAUUGCGCUCAUUACCGAUAUACUCACUAUGAAACGUAGAAUUCCUCUAAUAAUUAUCAAAAACUGCUGGGCAAAUAUUCUGAAACCAAAGUACGGACCCGGAGUAUGCUACUAUAUGUACACUCCCGAUAUUUUCGAGUGGAGAAAGAUUCAUUUUCAACUACUGCUCCUGAAAAAAGUCUGUCACCGUUUGCAGAUGUUCAACGUAGUGAUUAAUUGCGGUGCGUGGAAGGGUGUGUUAUUCCCUCGUCAACCGGGAAAUUAUGGCCGACUGAAACAGCCGGAUAGCCUAAUCAUUACUAUACCAAAGUUGGAGUUUGAUGAAAGCGCCAGUGAUGCCGACAGCAUUAUGCAACUUAAACAAGCUUUGGAACGUCAUUGUCCACCAGUUAAUCCAUCCGUUAGAAACCAAAUCCGGAGGCUGCACGCCGGUUGGGUCCAACGGUACCGCUGUCCUAGUGAUCAGUGGGACGGAUUGCGACAGCUAAUCGAACUCUUUGGCAUAGGCGUAGCAGCGGACCAUGCUACGCAAUGGUGCUAUGGCGGCUUGGAUUGUGACGUGGCGCGGAACCAUGCCUUAUACUUUUGUGACUUGGAUCUGACGGAUUUUGAAGGGUUGCCCAUGGGAACUAUAAUAUUGAAUAUACUUGCCCGAGCUCACAUUCCGUCUUUCCGAUGCCAAAGCAAAACAUUUCUUCUUCCUUUUUGAAUUCAAUGUCGAUUUGAUCAGCCAGACAAGUAAUCGUUUAUUCAAUUUAGUAUAAUUUUUUACUGGAUAAUUUCGGCAUGAUACUGAGUAUCUGCACAGUGCUGUAUGCUAGUAACUCCUUUAGCUAGCCGAAUUACAUUUCACUACAAAACA